AAUUAUUCCGUGCGUUUUUAACACGAGGAUGUUUAGCAAUGGCAGACGAAAGAUGAUUUUAGCACGCCUUGUUGUGCUAUUUGCUUUUAUUGCUGAAAUAAUUUGUAGCUGCAAUGAUACUAGUUGCAACAAUAAACAGAUUAAUCCAUUAGGUCCAUUAAUCCAGUGCUCCUUUCUCCCAGAUGAUUUUGUAAUAUGUGAUGAACCGGUAACAGUAAACAAAUCUGCAAGGGAGACAUAUGGAUAUGGUUGCUACAAGUAUGGUGGCAUUCGAUAUGAAGAUGUAUUGUUUACGAAAGUUACGUGCACAGCAUUAGAAGGAAUUGAAUGUUCUGGAAGUCGCUCGUUUUUGCGUGGAAAUGUUCCUUGUAUAAAAUAUACUGGGCAUUAUUUUGUGACAACAUUACUAUAUUCUGUUCUUCUUGGUUUUUUUGGAGUGGAUAGAUUCUGCUUGGGACAUACUGGCACUGCUGUUGGAAAACUAUUAACAAUUGGAGGGCUUGGAAUCUGGUGGUUUGUUGACAUCAUAUUGCUGGUCACUGGAGAAUUACAGCCAGCUGAUGAAAGUAAUUGGAAUCCAUACUAUUGAUGGUGUUUUGUUGGGUUUUUAUAUUUAUUUUUGAAUUGUACAUAUUAGAACAAAAAUAUUUUUUUCCCAGUUCUGUAACAAAUUUAUUUUUGACAAAAGACCUUUUGGUGAGAAA